AUGAUAUAAAGCAUCUCACCUUCAAAGUUUUAAUCAUCUAUUAAAUUUCCAUUAAAUAGAGAAGAAAAAAAUGAAUAAGAAAACAUUAUUGAUUUAUGGAGUCCAGAUUCGAAAAAAAAAUUAAAAUAGGUAUUGCAGUUUAUAAAAAAAACUAAAGAUGAGAGAAGAGCCCAUUACUUAGCUAUGAACUUACCUUCAAGAAUGCUAAAAAGUUUCGAUCAAAACAAAUUUGAUUUAUUAAAUGACAAAGCUUUUCAUUACAACAAAUAAACAUAUGAUGAACUAAUUAGUGAAAAGCGAAUUUUUAAAUCUCAUAGCACAAGUAAAUAAAGUGAUACAAAAUAUGGUGAACAAUCUAAUUCAAUAAAUUAAAGUGCCUUUCUAUCUAUAGAAAAGAAGUAUGAGAAAUAGGAUUCUAUUAUACUUGAUACAAAAAACUAAAUUCCUGUUAUCUCACCUUCAAAUCACUUUAAAUUUAUUUGGGAUUUGAUAUAUAUGAUUGUUAUUAUCAUUUGCUUGUUUUACUUACCAAUAACUAUUGCUUUUGAUUUCUAUUUUUCUGAUAUGUUUAGUUACUCGAGUUUAGUUAUAAUCCCUACAUUAAUUGUAUUCAAUAUAUUCUUAAAAAUAAAUACUGGGUACUUUAAAAAGGGCUAAGUUAUUGCUAGUAGAUACCAAAUCAUUAAAAAAUACUUCAAAUAAACAUUUCCAAAAGAUAUUUUAUGUGUCUUUCCUCUUGUUUUUACAAUGUACUAUCAAGCAAAUAAUAUUGAAUAAUAAGAAUAAUACAAUUGGACUAGGCAAUAUGUUGCUGGAUUCUAUUUUAUGACUGUAACGAUGAUAACUGUUGGUUAUGGUGACAUCUUACCAUAAAACUAAAACGAAGAAAUACUUUGUGUUAUUACUAUGAUGAUAGCAUGUGGUGUAUUUGGGUAUUCCCUAAAUGAAGUAGGAUCGAUUUUCAAUAAUUUUUUCUAAGUUGACAGAGAGAUUAACAGAAAAUAAAUAUUAAUUUAAAGAUUUAUGAGCACAAAAAAUAUUAACACAAAACUAUAAUAUCAGAUAAGAGAAUACUUGGACUACUAUUGGAGAGAGUAAGCAGAGACUGACUAUGAGGAAAAGCAAAUGAUAAUUGAUUAGUUAAGUGAUUCUCUUAGAUAAAAAUUACUCUUUGAAGCAAACAAAAUAGUUUUGAGAGAUAAUCCAAUUUUUAAGCAAAACUUUUCUAAAAAUGUAAUUGAACAAACAGUUCCACUGAUUUAAGAGAUGAAAUAUUCUCCAGAAAGCAUUAUUUGUUAGAAAGGGAUUUAAGAUGACAAUUCAAUUUAUUUUAUAGAAAAUGGGUCUGUAGAAAUUAUGUUAAAUCCGAAGGGAAAUAAUUAAAGUGGAUUAGUAAAGCUUAAAAAAGGUGAAUCUUUUGGAGCCUACAGCUUUUUUACAGGACUUCCAAGAAUUAAUAAUAUUAGGUCAAAUGAAUUUACAACUGUUUUGAAAAUAAAAAGACAGGAUUUCUUACAGUUACUGUCUAUGCACUCAGAAGAUUAUGAAACAUUUUGCUUUAUUAGAGACUAAAUCAGCUAUUUAAAUGAUUAUUCAAGAAUAGGAUAAGUAUGUAAAAGUUGUAAUUCAAGCUAUCAUAUGGUUAAUGACUGUUAGUAUCUUCAUUACAUUCCUAAUAAAGCAAGAAUCAUAAAAAGAUACAAUGAUGAUGAUAAUAACUAGCAAACAGAAAGAGUUGCACACUAAAGGAGAAGUUAAGAUUAAAAAUAUCAUUUUAAAAACUCCUUAGCUAUCUACAAUGACGUAAUGAAAUAAAAUCUGAUGUUUUUAGAGUUAAAUGAAAGCAUCUUAAAUUAAAGUGGUGAACUUUCAUAAUAUUCUUAAGGAUAUUUUAAUAUUGAAAGUUAAGAUUAUGAAUAAGUUUACUCAAAGAAUCACCAAAUCGAUGCUAAUGAAUUUAAAAAAGAAUCAAAUCAAAUAGCAGAUAUCGAAGUGAUAAAAGAACAAGAAUUUGAAGGUUCAACUCAAAUAAUUAAAAAGAAUACUUUAUCUAAGUUUGGCUAAGAUUACAAUCAUACUAAAACCAAAAGUUUUAACUCAUUAGACAAAUAACUAUAAAGUGGUUUAGAAAAUGGUAAUGACGUCAUAUCCUUAAGUAUUCCUGAUUAAGCUCAAUAAUAUGCAUAUAGCUACACAAACUCUCCUGUAAUUGAUUACGAAAACUUACCUAAAAGGAAUGCGAUGACACCUUAAUCAAGAGGAAAUAUAGAUAAACAUAUUAAUUCAUCUAAUAGAUUAAGGACAAAUACUUAUGAUAGGCAUGAAAUUGGAGAAAAUUAUUAGACUUUCUCUUCAUAAGUAAACUUCCAUCAUAUUAAUGAAUCUGCAAAUAAGCAGUAUUUAUCUUAAAGGUUAAAAAGCCAUAAUGAAGAUUUCUAAGAAUAAAAUGAUAAAAUAAAAAAGCAAAAAUAACUUUUAAACUCAAAGAGUCAUAAAGAAUUUACACUGAUUAAUUUUGAAGAUUUAGAAUAGACAACUCCAUCUUCUGAAUAUAGGAAAAAAAAUAGCAGUGAUUUAAUGAAAAAGAAAUUAUUUAGUUAAUAUAAAUUCAAUUCAAGUAAUUCAUCAGAACAGAUAUAAUUGGAUUAAAUUCUCAAAUAAAUUCAGCUUUUGGUAGUUUCUAACUAAUAAAAAAUGAAUAAUCAAGAGAAAGAAAGCAAUUUGAUUAAAUGCUAAAUUGAUAUUUUUGAAAAUUUUGAUAAAAUGAGAUAAUUUGUGAAAUAUAAUCCAAGAUACAAUUAUUCAAGUGUGAUAAGCAGAUUUAAUCAGAUGUAGGAUUAACAAAAAAGAGCAUCUAAAAUAAAAAAAAGUUAUAGAGGUAAGAGGAAGACUACAUACUAACAGGGUAAAACUCUUUUUAAACAAUAAGAUAAUAAUACCACCUAACAAGAAAGCAAAUAUUUUUAGAAAAAUAAUUAUUAAAAUGCUAACUAUAUUUAUGAAAAUACUGAGUCUAAAAUGAAUUCCAAAAAAGCAAAUAUCGGCUCUCUAAAAAAGUAUGAUUCUGAUUUAGAGCCCUUCGCCUAAGGUGAUAGCUUAAGUUAAAAGUUUAUUUUAUCACCUAUCUCUGGUGAGCAGUUAAGCUUUAAAAUUGAUGGUUAGGUACCUAAUUUUAUGAAUUUUUUGAAUUCAUUUUCGCAGGAUGUUUUGCUAAAAAAAGACAUAUCAAACAGAUUUAAUUAUUAUCAUAGUGAAAAAAAUGACAUGGAUUAGGAUUAAUUGAAUAAUUGUGAGAUCAAUAGCGAAGAAAGUAAUAAAAACAAAUCUCCUAAAUUUAUUUCUUUUAAUAAAAAUCAAAUAAACGUUUUUAAUAGAAACAAUAGUAUUGAUUAGUGA